UAGACCGGGGAAAGUUGUUUCCUGAAGUUGACACUCUGCUGAUCAUUUCUACACCAAAGCCUUAGUACCUGUAGAAAAUGACUUCAACAUAUCUUUCGUAUUUUCUAUAGACUUUUUUUUUUUGUUUUACUCUCCAGACGUCCCGCAGGUGAUCCGAUCUGUCUGACGGAAAGAUGAGCUCAAAGCAUGAAGACACAGAGAGGAGCCUGCAGGCCCAACUAGCCGAGUGUCGAGCCCAGGCUGAGCACUGGCAGGGUGUGGCAACGAUCUGCGAGCUGAGCAAACAGGAGGAACUUACAGAGCUGCAAAAACAAUAUGAUCAAGAGAUCCAGUCUCUGCAGGAGGCCCUCAGAGAGACAGCAGCUCAGUACGAGGCCCGAAUAGCCGUUCUGCAGUCUCAGCCUGUGGAGUGGAGAAGAGGCAGUGGACAGAACCUGAUCAGUGGAAGGAAAGGCAGAGCAGACACAGAAUCUGCAACAUCAAUCAACAACAACCUGACAGAGGCUGAGGUGACGGGAUCACCAGAUAGGACACACGGCCAAGCAGCAGAGCUCGAGGGAGCGGCAGAGGGUUUUUUUUCACUGCGUCAGUGCGAUUCGGCUUCUCUGUCGUCCUUCUCCUUAGACACACCUUCACUACCCAGAAAACCCCACAGUCAGGAUGACACAGACUCUCUGGUUUCCACUGGGACUUUGGUACCUGAGGCCAUCUAUCUGCCGCCUGCUGGACACCGACUGGUCACACACAACGACUGGGACGCACUUAAUGCUCAGGUGUCAGAGCUGCGAGGAGAAGUGAGUCGACUACAGUCUGAGAAAGAGGAUCUGGAGCGAGAACUGGAUACACAGACCAAUCAAACACACAAACAGGUUUCAAUGCUCCAGUCUCAGGUCCAGACUUCAGAGUCCCUUUUACAGGACUUGCAGAAAUCUUUGAGCCAGUCACAAAACGCCGUUCAGAGUCGACUGGCAGAACUUUCCCUGUCCCAGAGGAAGAUGUGCAGUGAGCUGUCCAGACUGAAGGGAGAGGAGGUUGAGGAUGAAGGACCAGAGUCGUCAUUUCCUGCAACGCUGCAGGGGGCGCACUGUGAAGAGCGUCUACGGAUUGAGAUAGUCAACCUGAGGGAGCAACUGGAUACUCGGACAGAGGAAAAUGAAGUUUUAGAGGUUUCACUUUCCAGUCUAAAGACGGAGACAGAGAGGAUCCAGGCUCAGAAGGACCAGGUGCAGGCUGAGCUGCUGGCCUGUCGCACUGAGCUCGAAGCCCUGAGGGUGGCACUCUCUCAUGUGCAGAGCAACAACAAGACCCUCAGCAAUGAUAAAGCGGCGCUCCAGCAGCAGUGUCUGGAGCUCCGCAGCCAAGUGAUCAGCCUUCGCUCCCAGGUCGACACCAGCCAGACUGUACAGAGGGACUUUGUCCAGCUCUCACAGUCACUGCAGGUGAAGCUGGAGUUGAUUCGUCAGGCUGAGAGUCUCGAACAGGUCAGGAGGAUUCUGGAGGAGGGGGUCAGUGAGGAUGGGUCACCCCCUGCAGAUGCCUCGUGAGUGUUUGGAAGCCAUAACUAAAGACCAAAGAGGACCGACCAAGAAGAAACAUUCCAAUAAAGCUAAAGUGACCAGAGCCACAUGAAAUACAGACACUGUGGGUGAACACUGGGAUUAUUACAGCCACUGCUGCUGGGACAUGUGACACUGGAGAUAGUUACAUACAGAGGCAUUAUUAUUAUUAUUAUUAUUAUUAUUAUUAUUAUUAUUAUUAUUAUUAUUAUUAUUAAGUGUAAUCUUAGUCACAGAAGGUCUUGCUUCAUGACCAAAGGGAUGUGUCAUGAUGAGCAAUGACGCGUUUUCCCACAUUCCUUUUUCUGACAUAUUUGCUCAUAUACUAAUACAUAUGUAAAUGUAUUGUGUUUAUAAAACUGACACGACUCCAGAGAAACACUCCACAGUCCAACGCUCGAUUUUGCACUCUGUCAGUAAUUAAUAUGCAAACUACACAAGUAUUUCUCUGUGCACACUUUUUACAAUGGUCUCUGAAGAAACAAGAACACUCUUAGUGCAAUAAUGAAAUGCUAUAAAGUAAUGACUCCACUAAAUUUACUGCGGAUCUCAUGCAAUUUUAAAACCUGUAGGAAUGAUUUUUUUUUUAGUUUUUCUUGUUGACUCUUGUCUCAUUUAAAAAAAAAGUGUGUAUUUGAAAAGAAACUAAAGAAGCAGUGGAGAAACAUAAAUGCACAACAUGUCGACACUGUAUUUUGUAUUAGUGUAUGAUAAUGAAGAAUAGGCUGGUG